GAAUCGCUCGCUCGGAAUGUCAAACCGGCAAGAAGAAGCAUAUCGUAUACAAAUUAAAAAAAUUAACGCGCUUAACAAAACGUUGUGAAAUGGAAAUGUCCGAGGAUCCAGGCAUUGAUUGCGAAGCAGUUGCUCCGCCGGCGGAGAAGGGCUCCAAGCUGACCAAUGCCCAAAAGGCGCGGAUCGAGAGGAAUCUGGCGAAGGCGCAGAAAUUGCGGGAGGCCAAGUUGGUUUUGCAUCCAUUUAAGGAUCUGGCCAGCAACAAGGAUGGCACCCACCCGGAGGCUGCCCUCAGCCAAGGAAGCUCCGUGAUCAAGGUGCAGGGCACCAAGUACAUAGACAGUGGCGGUGGAUUCCUGCUGGAGCAGCCGGUCCUGCCCACUGGACCCGGUUUGAACAAGUCCGGGGAGGAGGCCCCCGUUAUCCUGGACGAUGCCAUCGCCAUACCCGUGCAGUACGAGGAGUGUUUGGAGUGCGGCGACCAGUUCGCCGACUCCUAUCUGUUCAACAACUUUGGGCACUCGGUGUGCGACAAGUGCCGGGAUAACGACGAUCGCCAUGCCCUGAUCACCCGGACCGAGGCCAAGGCGGAGUAUCUGCUGAAGGACUGCGACUUCGACAAGCGGGAACCGAAGCUGCGCUACAUCAGCCGCAAGAAUCCGCACAACGUGCGCUGGGGCGAAAUGAAGCUGUACCUCCAUUCGCAGAUCCACCAGCGGGCCCUGGAGGUCUGGGGCAGCGAGGAGGAGCUGGUGCGCCAGCACGAGUCGCGCGAGGAUAAGCGCGAGGUGGGCAAGGCGCGCAAGUACAACAAGCAGAUGAAACAGCUCCGCAUGGAGGUGCGCAGCAGCAUCUACACCAAGAAGACGCACGCCAUCCACGAGCACGAGUUCGGACCGGACACGUACAACGAGGAGGAGGACAACUACACGCACACCUGCCUCACCUGUCCGUACACCGAGACCUACGAGAAGAUGUAGAGCAACUUGGUCGGUCUAAUGCCCAACUUUGUAGUUUGUAAGCUGCAGUCUGUUGUAAGUCUGCCUGGAGUCCUUUAAUCCUGCUGUCCAAUUAGGGCAUUGAAAUCUUGGCUGCUUGAUGAAUCAAUACCAACUAAAAAGAUAUUUUCUUUCCCUUUUUUUUUUAACACUUUAGUAAGUUUAUUUUUAAUAGAUUCUGUUGUAAACAAAGAAUUUUAUAAAUCAUGUUGAAUUAAUUUGAAAUUAUGUCUUGUAAGCAUAUACUUAUGUGAAGUAGAAAUGAAUCUUUACGGAAUGAAUGAAUUAUAUGCAUUAAUGCUUUCACGAAA